UAAAGCAAUUUCUCCAGGCUUUGACGGCGCUCCGCUUCUCUCCCCCCAUUCCGCACCAACUUCCUUUCCACGCCAGGGCCCGAGCUCGAGCUCCGUGCUAGGGUUUCCUCUCCCGCCGCCGCCGGUGGAGGAGGAGUAGGAGGAGCCGAGCCAGUAGCGCCGGGAGGGGACCAUGGGGACGCCGGAGACGUCGCGCGAGCCGUGCCCGGACCGGAUCCUGGACGACGUGGGCGGCGCGUUCGGGAUGGGCGCCGUCGGCGGCUCCGUCUUCCACUUCCUCAAGGGCACCUACAACUCCCCCAACGGGAUGCGCCUGUCGGGCGGCGCGCAGGCCGUGCGCAUGAACGCGCCGCGGGUGGGGGGCAGCUUCGCCGUCUGGGGCGGCCUCUUCUCCACCUUCGACUGCGCCAUGGUCUACGCGCGCCAGAAGGAGGACCCCUGGAACUCCAUCGUCGCCGGCGCCGCCACGGGCGGGUUCCUCUCCAUGCGCCAGGGCGCGGGGGCCGCGGGGCGGUCGGCGCUCAUGGGCGGGAUCCUCCUGGCCCUCAUCGAGGGCGCCGGGCUCAUGCUCAACCGCGUCCUGGUAAACCCGCCGCUGCCCGCCGAGGAUCCCAACCUCACCGCGGCCAUGGGCCCCGGAGGGUUCCCGGGCCUCCCGCAGGCGCCGCCGGUUGUGGCGCCUCCUGAGGCCGCGAGCUCCAGCGGUGGGGGUGGCUGGUUCGGGGGGCUGUUCGGCAAGAAGGAGGAGGAGAAGAAGGCCAGCUCGGGCGGGGGCAAGUCGGAGAUCCUGGAGAGCUUCGACACGCCGAGCACCCCGAUACCAUCGUUCGAGUACAAGUGAGGAAAAAGAUGGCUACCAGCUGUUGGGAGUUGGCUUGUUCCAUGAGGUUUGUCCUAGUCUAUAAAAUCUGCAAAUUUUGCUACGAUCAUGAACAUUACACCAUUAGCUAUAGAAGCUAGAAAGAUAAGUAGUGUAUGUUUUGCUGAUUGAUUACUUUGUAAUUAUUUAUGUGAUCAUUUACUCUCAUGAGUCAUAUUGCAAAAUGAGGAGUUGUUGUCAGUUUAUGAGCAUAUCUGGUCAAGAAUGGCUGGCCUAGUUUCCAGAAGAAUGAAAGAAAAAGUUCAGUCAACUUGUGUGUAUGAAUUAUGUCUCAGCAAGUUAUAUAGGUCUAUUUGAAAUAAGACCAGGAUAACUGAACAAAGGAUGACCUGUAAAUUUUACAAUUCGUUGACCUAGACUUUUGAAAGAUCCAACAUUUUGUAAAUGCAAAUAUGUUUGUUUGGCUUGCACUGAACAUGUCUAAUUUCUUGUUUCAAUUUCA